CCGGGAGCGAGCGGGACGGCGGGGAUGGCAGUGACUGACAGUUGUUGGAAGCAAUAGGACUGCCAGGCUUGUUCAAACACAGAUUCCUAACCAAGUGACUCUCAGUUCUGUGUCAGGAGGCACAAAACUGUACCAGUUGUGACUGACAGAGGGAUUUCUCCUUGAUGGUGGGGAGGAAGCUGGCCUGGUGGUUAUCUUCUUGGAGAAGUUCAGCAUCUCUUCUUUCCCUUCCCAGCGUGCCACUCAUUACCCUAUUUAGGAUUUCCUUCAAGAAAGCUUGGACUGACAUUCUGGUAUUUGUGGGUGGAUCUGAGUGAAAAGUUUCAAGGAAAUCUGUCUCAGGACUUCUUCAGAUCCCCUCAAGCAGCCUAUUCUUCCUCAUUUGAAGGAGUCACUACUGCACAAAUCACUGCAAUCAUUCACCAUGGGAAUGAUCACGAAUGUCUCAGUACUUGGAACAUGUUGUGAGCUUCAGCAACAACACGUUGAAUUCUAGUACCCAAUAGCUGAUCUCAGCAUUUGAAGGCUGAAUGUUGAAGCGAAAACCUGAAUGGUCCGGAGGAAUAAAUGAAAACAGAGCUCUGCCCUUCUCAGAAUGAGGUCUUGUUUUAGAAAUCUGGCAGAAAUUCCUCAUACAAAAAGAAUCCAGACUGGACUGUUUUAUAUCUUGUGUACUCUACUAAUAAAGUGUCCCUUAUAAGUACCAAAACCUUGACACCCAGCUAUUAGGGAAGAAGGGAACAUCCUCUUGAGGAUAGCUUUGUCCCAAGCACAGGGACAGCAAUUACAUGCCCAGAUGUUUCUGUUUUGGCCUCUGAAUCUUCAGUAUUGAUUUAUCAGCUUUGCAGAAGAUUAGUUCAGAAAGGAGGUGUGAAUAAAAGCUAAUAAAGUAUUAUUUAAUCAUCUGCAAGAUGAAAAUGAAAAACAUAUUCCAAAUACUUACAAUACCUCUUGUGUUGCCUUACACCACAACCAUGUCUGGUGGAUUAUGUUAACAUUUUGAUUUAACAAUGAUGUCAUUAUGUGAUGUGAUGGAAAAUCUAGCUUAGGGGAGUACCUCACCUGCUAUGUAAGCUGAAGUUUUCAACGACUUAGUAUUUCUUCAGUGUUGGACUCUAGUAUGAAAACCUCUACUUCAGCCAAAAAAAAUAAGCACCUUUCUUCAUCGUCACAGAAAGGUUACAGUGGAAAGUGAAAUCAUAGCAGAGGAUGACUCACUAUAACCAUUCAGCAGAAUUCUCUCUCCAGAGCUCAGCAAAUAAGUCAUUAAAUUUCACUGAAACAUCACUAGCUUUGGAUGAAAGGACACUACUGGGGCUGAGGAUUUCACUGUCAGUCCUUCUGUCUGUUAUAACUUUGGCAACGAUCCUUGCAAAUGUUUUUGUUGUUAUUACAAUUUUUCUGACUAGAAAGCUCCACACACCUGCAAAUUACCUCAUUGGCUCCUUGGCAGUGACAGAUCUUUUAGUGUCUGUCCUAGUAAUGCCCAUCAGUAUUGCUUACACUGUUACCCACACUUGGGCCUUUGGCCAAAUGUUGUGUGAUAUCUGGUUAUCAUCAGACAUCACGUGCUGCACAGCCUCCAUUCUGCACCUCUGUGUUAUUGCACUGGACAGAUACUGGGCUAUCACAGAUGCUCUGGAAUAUGCCAAACGCCGGACCACUGGCAGAGCAGUGCUCAUGAUUGCUGUGGUCUGGAUGAUAUCUAUUAGUAUUUCUGUGCCACCAUUUUUCUGGAGGCAAGUGAAAGCUCAUGAAGAAAUUGCAAAAUGUACUGUGAACACAGAUCAAAUUUCCUACACAAUUUAUUCUACUUGUGGAGCUUUCUACAUCCCAACUGUGCUCCUCCUUAUAUUAUAUGGUAGAAUUUAUGUAGCAGCUCGAUCCAGGAUUCUGAAGCCACUCUCAUUAUAUGGGAAACAUUUUACUACUGCACAUCUGAUUACUGGCUCUGCUGGGUCUUCCCUCUGCUCCAUUAAUGCUAGCCUUCAUGAAGGGCAUUCCCAUUCAGGUGGAUCCCCAAUAUUUAUCAAUCAUGUUAAAAUUAAACUUGCAGAUAGUGUCCUGGAAAGGAAAAGAAUUUCUGCUGCAAGAGAAAGGAAAGCCACAAAAACUUUAGGCAUUAUUCUGGGAGCUUUCAUUUUCUGCUGGCUGCCUUUUUUUGUCAUGUCCCUAGUCCUUCCAAUCUGCCAAGAUGCUUGUUGGAUUCAUCCCAUCCUACUGGACUUUUUUACAUGGUUAGGUUACUUAAACUCAUUGAUCAAUCCAGUCAUUUAUACAGCUUUUAAUGAAGAAUUUAAACAGGCUUUCCACAAACUAAUACAUUUCAAAAAGUGUUCAUCUUGAGCCUCUCCUGUUGUUUUACUGACCUAGCAGUCUACCUGGAAUCUAUUUGUGCUUUUACUCCUAAGGUACAGAUUGGAUCUUGCAUCUCUGCUGCUGCCCCUUGCUCUGCAUGUAACUGGUAACUUCUUGCCUGUUUGGUACUUUCUGCCUAGAAUUCUGUGUCCCAUAACAGAACUUGCCUAUAGUCUCUGCAGUGAUCGUUGGUGUAUGUGAGAUCAAGACAUGAAAUAAGCUUUGUAACAAGUGAAGGAGUGUGAACCAGAGAGCUGAGUUUGUGUGAUGGGAUGACACACCUAUCAUGCCUUUGUCACCUGAUGGGAGGAAAAUGUGUGCAUAUCUGCAGGGCAUCAGUAUUUCUGCUGUAUAUUAUUAACAAUUUACAUAGGCUGAGAAAGUUUCUGGAGAACAGGAUCUGAUGUCUAUGGUGUAUCUCCUACCCAUUUGAUACUGAUAAAACCUGUCACUUUUUCAGAAGCAGCAGGGAAUGGAAGGCACAGUGUGUCUGUAAGUUCUGUGGCUAUUUCACAAACACUGCAUUUGAGCUAUGCUUUUGGUGAACUGUAAAAAGAAGACAAUUUAUUAGAAAGAAUUUUUACCCAUUUUAUCAUGACUAGACUAGCCAGUGCAGAACUACUAUAAA